AGGGGAGUGGGGUUUAGAGGAAGAACUGGUUAAACUUGAUAUUUCUUAUUUAAAUCUGCAUUUUCUCUGUUUGGCCAGGGCCUUCUGUCUAUGUCACGUUUCUGUUUUUUAAUGUGGUGAUGAUGAUGCUUCCCAGUGCAAGGUUAUUAGGUACUAUGGGGUGACUGUUCCCAAAUUUCUACCCUCUGUCCUUGAAAACACCCACUGGAGACCUGGUCUGGGCACCUUCUGGUCAGAGGGCUGGAAAGAUAAAAUGGGAGAGAGCCAAAUGCUUGAUAUAUUUGCAUAGCAGUGAGUUAGUGGCUGAGUAUAUUGGAGUUAUUGUAUGGCUGCCCAAAAUGUGACAUAAAUAGAAAUUGUGCCCUGAUUGUCAAGGUCUGAGCCCGCUGUUCUGGCUUUAUUAGGCAGCAGGCUGCAGUCUCUGCAGUUUCCCUGCAAAGCCUCUACCAAGUGACCUCUGUGUCCUUGUCCCUGUGCUCUGCCUGGUUGUCCGUCUCAUAAAGAUGAGCAAGGACAGUCUCGUCUCCAAAAUUCACCUGGUUGUCAGCUUCUUGAUGUCCUUGCCGAAGAACGGGAAGCUGCCGCGUGUGUGUACUAGAGCACCGCGGGGCUGCCCUGCCGCCUCUGGGCCCAGCAGCAGCACGGGCGCUGGAGCUCUUACAACUGCUCCCUGGUCUCUUUUGGCGAUGUUCGCCUUUGGACAGGCCCUUCUUGGCUGCCAUGCGCAGCUUGCGCUUCCAACUGAUCUGGAAAUACUGGGAGCUGUGUUUUGGGCCAGCCUGUGUGGAUUCUGCAAGAAACAGUAGUCGUGCAGGGACUGGCUUCACAGACCGCAAGGGGGGUUCCCGCUCUGCUGGGGCCGUGAUGCUGGCUUUUGGAAAGAGACUUUUUAGCCCUGUGUUUGCUCUUGGCUGCAGCUUACCGUGUGCUGUGGGCUCCUCUGGGUGUACACGCACAAUACAGGCACGUCGGGAGAGCUGGAGGCAAACACUGGAACCACCAGCCACACUGGGGCAGAACGCUUGUUUGUGUGGUGGUCGGUACCAACCACACAGAAAACUGUACUUCUGACUCCUCUGACUCCCUCAAGAAGUCUAAAAUCACAGCACAAAGAGGUGCAUGUGGCAUAAACGCCAGAUUUUAGAGCUCAGUGGAGCGCCGGGAGAGCCGCGGCUGGGCUGGUCCCGGUUGUGAUUUCUCACGGAGCUGGUGAACCGGGAGGUCUGGAUGUUCGUCGUGGAGGUUUCCCAGGCUGUAUGUAGAAGGCACUGUAUCAUUUUCAGCCCAUAUACUUGUGAUAUUUGACAGUGGUUCUUUAGCUGCUUCCUCUUCUGUUUGGAUAGAUUUACCUUCUUCAUGGUAGGGAGGGGAAUUCCCUUUUUGGCCUAAUAGCUGUUUGUCUUUAAGGAAAUUAAUUUUAUCUGUUAUCUGUCCACUCCGCUGCCUCCUCAUCCUCCCACGGUGACCUUUCUGACCCAGCCCAUGAGCAGACACUCUGUUCUCCAAGUGCCCCGUGGUGCCAUCACUGGCAGCAGGGAACCCGCUGGGUGGGCAGGGGCGGGUGCUGCACCUGUGGGCGCUGGUGCUGAGCGCCAGCGCUGCACAGCAGCCGGAGCAGCUCCGACACCUGUUGGAAAGGGCUGAGCUCGGCGGCUGCCCUGGAAAUGGCCCAAACCCGUCGCGCAGGGGCUGCAGCCCCGUCAGGCAGGUGCUGUGUCCCCUCCCGCCGCGUGCUGGGCUGGUGCGGUCACCCUGCUUCUCCCCAGAGGUGACCACGCUGUAGUGAUAACCUGAUCAUCACGUGCCCGCAAACCCCAACAUGCUGGUGCAGUUUUGCAUUGAAAUGUGGUGGCUGUGACCCCCAGAUGUGAGGCUGAACUGCUCAGGGGAAGGCUCAGCAGUGUGCUGGGUUUGUUUUCUUCCAACCUGGAAUUUAAAACUGAACCAAAAGAAGCAAAAUCCAUCUUUCUCCUCUGUUGGUUUGUUGUUUGUUUGUGGGUUUUCUGUUGUGUUGUUUUGGUUUUUGCCAACAACCUUUUAAUCAAAUAAGGGAACUGUAUUUUCCGCAUGUUGUCUGGUGGCCGCCAGGUCCCUGUCAGCUGGGGAGAUCAGGGCCACAUGAAGAUGAAUUUGCUGGAGGGCUGGGGUGUUGCUUUAUGGUUGGGCCCCCUGCACAGACCUAAUAAAUCACAUUUGCCACAUCAGCAGUAGCAGCCAGUGUCGGUCUGAGCAGCUUUCCUCCGGUCAGUGGAUAAUCCGGAUGACCGCGGUCCCUGCGAUCUGAGCUGCGCGUUCAGCCCUGGGGACGCUGCCGGGACCCCGCGGAGGCGCGAGGGGAAGGCAGAGCCCCCGCAGCCCCGCCCGCCGCCCCGGACCAGAGACCUCCCGGCGCACUCGUCCCCGGCAAACAGGUCUGUGCAUGGGCAGUUGGGCUCCGUUUGCUUGUCUGAGGCCCUGUGAAACCCGGAUUGUAGUCACAGUGCUCCCAGGUUUAAAAAGAAUACACAAAAACCCCUGGGUGCUUUUAGAGGCCGUGAGAAUGAGCUGAUUUGCAGAGGGGCAUUGCCUCUUAGCGCACCCUUAGCGUGUGGGGGGAACGGAGGAGAUUUUGAGCAGAAAGUACUGUAUUUUAGGCAAAGGCAGAGGAUGUGUAAGAAUGUAAGGCAGAGGGUGACAGUGCCAGUCUGGCUCUCAGCAGGUCUGGUAUCUUGCUGGUGCUGGUGAUGUGAACUUAAGAUGUGCUAAUUGUCACUAAUUGGUGCUAAUCAUGCACACCACAGCUUGUGUUGCCAGGUAUGUGUGUUACAGGGAAGACAGCAACUUAUCCUUCCCCUGAGGUGACCGAUGGUGUCUCAGCAGCUCUGCGUCUGGGUCUGGUGUGGGCAGCAGGGGCUCGUCCCGAGGGGGAAACCCCCCCUUGAGGCUCUGAGGAAGUCUGAAGCCCGAGCUGGUGGGGGCUGUUACUGGUGCCCAUGUCGGAGCCUCACCCCCGGUGGCUCGGCUCAGCUCAGCUCCCGCUUCAGUGCUGCACGUGGGCUCCCAGGGCUGGAGAUGCGUUUGCCGGCCGAUCUCCGGGGGAUUAUGAGAUUUGCAGACCCCAAGGACCCGCUUUGUUCCUCGCUGUGCAGCAGGGAACCCAGGCACGGGGGCCAAGAGCAGCUGCCAGCCUGGUCCUCCGUAGCGCUGAGCAGCAGGUCUGACUCGUGUAAGCUCAUCAGGGGAAGAAAGCGGCUUUGGAGGAUGUGACGGAUUUGAGCAAAGGGGUCGGGCAGGGGAAGGGCCACUGAGGGUGAUGAGUGGCGGAAUGUGGGGCUGCCCGAGGGGCAGAAGUGAGGGGGGGUCCUGGGCAGUGCAGCUUUUCUGCAUCAGUACGAUGCUACAGGGGGCUCCUCAUCAGCCACCCCAUUUAGCCUGCUGCUGUGCCCCCAUGAAGGCACGGGGGGAUCCCUCGUCUCCGUGGAGGUCCUGAGCACCACCCAGGGAGCGGGUGCAGGAUCUGGCCCCGUGCCGAGAGCAGAGGUGUCCUGGCCACCUGCAAACUGGCCCCCCCCCGGCCGCACAGGGAGCUCCCGGCCGCUCUCGCACAUGUCCUUUAAAGGCCUUCUGGCGUCCAGCGCUCCCCUGGCAGCUCCCGCUGCCACAGAUGUGAUCGCUCUCUCCUCCGGGGAGACUCUGCCGCCAGCAGCCUGUGCCGUGUGGGGCCCCGGCACCCCGACCCGCUGUCUGCCGGCUGCACCGAGCGCCCCGACCCCUGGGUCUGCCGGGCGCCCACAGCGCUGAGUGCCGGCUCCAAGCUGCGUGGCCCCAGCGUCUGCCUUCGGCUUCUUGAGACAAGUUCAAGUAGGUAAUGACCUGGGGAGCGUUUGGUAAAGUCGCCGAGACGAGGGGAAGUGCUCGGUCUGGCUUCCCGGGGGUUAUUUAUGCCACACCGGGCAAACAAGUUGCGUGUCUCCAUAUUUCCAUCCCCAAAACACAGACAGGGAGCGAGUGUCUGCGCAGCUGAGCUGCAGUAGAUGAGCAGGGUCUGCCCUGGCUGGUGCGGCACGAGCGCCAUGCAGCAGGGACCAGGGAGCGCUCUGGUGCUCGCUGCUGUGACAAGUUGGGCUGGUCCCUGGUGGCUCCUGAGGAGCCGGGGCAGGCUAGCGGGAGCGUCCGCCCUCAGCACUGUGCACUUAUGGGGCUUGUAGCGAAUUCCUCAUUCUCCCUGUGCCCUCCUGAAUCCCAGCAGCAUCUCCUGAACCCUAGCAGGCCUCCCCCCUCUUUUCCCACAAAUGCCUCCACGCUGAGCAGAGGAGCUUGGAGCUCCUGCUGAGUGAGAAAACACUUUAAAAAUAUAACAUUUAGAGGCGUUCUCCCAUCUGCACGCAGCUAAUACAUGUCUUUUACGAUAGGUGUGCUGGUCCGGGAGCCUCCAUGCUUUGCAGAUGAAGCCGCUCGCAGGGACCUCGCUGGGAGAGGGGGACGAGGAGGCGCAGGGACCCGCCCAGGGCCGGCGACGGCGGCAGCGGCAGAGGACGCCCCGCCGGCCCAGCAGCUCGCCCCGGAGGGAGCAGGAGGCACAGCUGGCCGAGCUCCCCAUGGCUCCAGAUGAAGGGAGGAUGAGCAGCCCCCUGGUGCAGCCAGAUGGGGUUUUGGCCGGGAGCAAGCGGAGCGUGGAGCAUGUCAGUGAGGUGCCAGGCACAGGCGGGCAGGAGCUGGCUGUGCACCCCGGGGACGGUGACGGCACUGAGGAAGGUGCAGAAAGUCCGGAGGAGCCACUGCUGAGUUUUCCCAGUGAGCUGUCGGUGCUGGAGAGGCUGGGCUUGCACAGGGUGGCUUUGACAGAGCAGGACAUAGAGGCAGCCUUUGCCCACCUUGCACUGGCUUUUCGCUGCGAUGUGUUCACCCUGCGGCAACGGGUGCAGGUGGAGAAACGGGCACGGGAUGCAGCGGAGGAGAACAUCCAGGAGGAGCUGGGGCAGUGCCGUGCUGCCCUGGAGCGGCUGGGCCCGUCCUGCACCAGCGCGGGCUGCAAGGAGACGCUGGAGCAGCUGCAGCGCAGCCUGGCCGUGCUGGCAGCCGCUGUUGAACGGGCAACCAGUGCUGCAGAGAAACUGGGGGCUGUACAUCAGGAGGCCCGGAUGAGCCGGGCAGCAGAGGUGAUGGUCCAGCACGUGGAGAACCUGAAGCGGCACCACAUGCGGGAGCAUGCGGAGCUGGAGGAGAUGAAGCGCCUGAUCCAGCAGAACUCCCGCAACCGGCAGCUGGCGGAGACCCAGGAUGACAUGGAGCCACGGCUGAGGCCUCACCCCCUGAUGCGAACUUUCCAGCAGGGGUCUGCCCGCCGCAGAGUCAGCAUCGCCGUCAUCCCCAAGCAGCUCUUGCCAGGUGCCAGCCCGGACAGCCGAGCAGCCCCAGCCGGAGAGUCGGCGAGGGAGGGAGCCCAGAGCCAGCCCAGCACCCAGAGCGGUGAGCUGGAGCUGCGGGGCCAGAGCGGUGCUGCACCUGGGGAGCCAGUGACCGAGGCAGACAGCAGAGGUUUGAGUGCAGGGGACAAGGAGCUGGAGCAGCUUGGGCUGACGUGAGCAGUGCUCUGUGUGUGCCUAGAACGCCCCCGCUGCUGGACUCCCUGGGGUCCCACAGUGGCCAGCACAUGGGAAACGGGCUCGGGGUUGGUGAUGGAAGGCCGGGUGGUGUUUGGCUGCUUGGACAUGAGGAAAAGGUUCUUCACCAGAGAGUGCCGGAGCACUGGAACCCGCUCCCCAGGGAGCCUGACAGUGUUUGAGAAGCGUGUGAAUUUUGAGGUUGUCCUGUGCAGGGUCGGGAGCUAGAGUCUGAUCCUUGUGGGUCCAGCUCAACCCUGCUCUACCUCAGUUUUCCCUGUGCAUUGCGGGUCACCUGUGCCCUCCCUGGUCUUGCUUUACUUGGGUUUGCGAAAGGGGCAGUGAGGUUUGGGGUUGAGUUAAACACCUUUCUCAUACCCAGCUGGGGUGGGGUGGGAUUUGCUCUCCCCCCCCAGAUGAUGAGUGUUCGCGGUCGCCUUCU